CAACCGUAUCGCUCGGCUGGAGAUGAGGCUCAGUUGUUGAUCUGAACACAGGAACAUUUAAUUAAAACCGAUGUUGUUCCGUGGAUGUGAAAAUGCCGAAUUUAAGAGUGAAUGACACUGAACUUCGAUCUACUUUUAUUCGUGUUCUACUCGUGUGCACAUCUUGUAACCACGGGCAUCACUUUAAAUAUCGCGGAUUUUCAGCGGAGUUUGGCAUCAAACCUAAAACUUCAGAAGUUGAAUAUUUGGGGAAAAUAGAAACUGCUUCGGUAUAGCGAUCAUCUACAAAACAAGUCUGGGUCUGGAUCCAUACGUUCAGCGUGGGCGAUAUUUAACGUUUUUUAAUGUAGUUUGACGCAACGAGUUGAGGUCGAAUGCCGUUCGUCUUUAGCCAUGGUUAUAGCAUCAAGCUAACGGAAUAAAACAAUAAUCGUGAUGAGUCCGGGUUCUAAGGCGGAGUCACAUCGCUGGUCUCGGUGAAUAAAUGUUGAUGCAACUCGGAGUCCGUGAGUGUUGUUCAAACGGAAACCGUUAUUUAUAAGUCAGCUUAGCUAACCAGCUAACCGAAGGGGGUCACAGGCCCGAGGAAAAGCCCCGCGUUUUCCGACUCCUGUCCCCCGUCAGAGGGCUUCACCCCAGAGGCUGGCUGAGUGCAAUAGCAACUGCUUGGUUGGUUGUGUUUGUGUUAGCAAUAGGACAUAACAUUACCGGUGUUUCAGUAACUGUGACGUGUCUCUGACCGUUAACGGGUGUUUCACCCUCGUAAAGUGCACCGUGCUGCGUUAAAGGACCAGUGGAUAAAUUCGGGAAAUAAGAAACAUAGUCUGAAGUAUAUCUAUGCUUAAUGUUACUCACUUGUUGAAAACUGCAUCUGCUGUGUAUCAUCAUUAACUAAUUUAUCAUUGAUUCAUUUGAUGAUCGUAUUCCCAGUUAAUCAAUUACAUUUAAAAUGAUAAAUAUCAGUAAAAAAGGUAAAUGUUAGUGGAAUAAUCAAUUAACUAAAUUAAAUUAUCAUAUAUUUAAGAUGAUAAUUUACUUCUGAGUGUCUGUUCUGAGUUCUCCUGUACUGAAUAUAGUUAUUUAAAGUCUCACAGUACACUUUGUGUCUUUUGGAACAUUUUGGACUGGAAACUAAGUAUCACUGUAACUCUCUUCUGUUGUGGCCUGGAACAAAACAUCUGUUUAUGAUGAAUCCUAAAAUUAUCUUGAUAAAUGAACUGUAAGAACAUAAAUGUACAACAAUCAAACAUUAUGAAGUUUCCUACAAUCAGUGAUCAUGGAGCUGAUGUUAAUGCCAGCUGACACCAGCCAAUCACAGGGUCUGUUUAUCUCUACACUGACUGUAAACAACUAAUGUGUACUCUUUCUAUUUGGAUCAUGAUAACAUUGUUUGUCACUAAAACUGACAUCACUACUGAUGUCAUGUAUAAUUAAUAACAUCCAUAUGAACACACUUUUGGCCUGGCGUGUUAACAGACUCACCAAGACGGUAGAUGAUGGUGGCUUUAAAUUUCAGGUUAUAUGGACAUUAUGUCAAUUGCAUUUUUCAUGGAACUCAAUAAAAGGUUCCUGCAGACCAUUGUUGUCCAUGUUUCCAUUGUGGUGAGAGACCAGGGAAGAUUAGGGGAAUUAGCGUGAUGAUGACAUGUGAACGACAUAUUACCUCAACAAGCAGUUCCACUCCAGCACACCAGGCAGCUGAACUGAAUUCAUUAAUUCAUUCAUUUCAACUCAAAAUAUUUUGAUAUGAUUUUUUGGCCUUUAUAUAAAAUGAUUCUUCCAUGGCUGUCAGGGUUGCAGGUGGUGUAAUUCCUUUGUAAACACACACAGUGAAUGAUGUGCAUCUGAUGCUUAUGAAACUAAGUGUGUCAGCCUGCUGAGACAGUGUCACAGAGAGCGCUAUGUUUGCUCAGUGUCAUUGUUGGCUCAGUGUUUGGUUCAGUGAAGCCUGAUGAUGAAAACAGAUCCUGGAGCUGUUGAAGUCUCUUCAUAGUAGAGUCCUCUGGAACAGUUUUAUUUUGAGGACUGGUGGUUCAUGUGGUCAGCGCCAAUAUGUCUGUCAGGCCCUGAAGGCAACAGCAGCAGCUGAGUCCACAUUGACGUAGAUGUUUGAGUCACAGGAAGAGACUUUGGCUGGGAGUCUUUAGUUUUCUAUUUCAGGCUACAGAUGGAGUCAUGUGGGACACAAGGAGGAAAUAUGGAGUGGUUACUGUCAGUAGGUUUUUUUCAUGCUGAAUUUACUAGUUCCACUCCCUGAGCAUUAUUAGUUCCACUUCCAAGCCUGCGUAAGAGGAUGAAUCCAUGUUUCUGGGUUAAAUCUGGAAGUUUCCUUUGAAAUAAUUCCUUGCAGAGUACAGAUGAAAAGCUUUGAGCUGAAGUUCAUAUUUCUAAUUAUGACAGGAAGCUUAAGACAGUGUUGAAGGAGGGGACUCUGAUGAAACAAACAAACUCGUUCCAGCGUUGGAAGCGUCGUUAUUUCAAAUUGCGAGGGAGGACGCUGUACUACGCUCAGACUGCCAAGUCCAUCAUCUUUGACGAAGUGGAUCUGACGGACGCCAGCGUCGCAGAAUCCAGCACCAAGAACGUCAACAACAGCUUCACUGUGAUCGCCCCCUGCAGGCGUCUCAUCCUCUGUGCGGACAACCGGAAAGAGAUGGAGGAGUGGAUGGCAGCACUGCGGAGUGCCCAGAAUAGACACAACUAUGAGUCCACUCAGUACAGCAUGGAUCAUUUCAGUGGAAUGCACAACUGGUACGCCUGUUCCCAUGCCAGACCCACAUACUGUAACGUCUGUAGAGAGGCACUGUCAGGGGUGACAUCACACGGCCUGUCCUGUGAAGUUUGCAAGUUUAAAGCUCAUAAGCGGUGUGCAGUCAGAGCGACCAACAACUGUAAAUGGACAACUCUGGCUUCGAUUGGGAAAGACAUCAUCGAGAACGAGGAUGGGGUGUCCAUGCCUCACCAGUGGUUGGAGGGGAACCUCCCAGUGUCCGCCAAGUGCAGCAUCUGUGAUAAGACGUGUGGGAGUGUUCUGCGGCUUCAGGACUGGCGGUGUCUGUGGUGUAAGGCCAUGGUGCACUCCGGCUGUAAAGAUCAGUUGUCCUCUAAGUGUCCCCUGGGUCAGUGUAAAGUGUCUGUCAUCCCUCCAACGGCGCUCAACAGCAUCGACUCUGAUGGUUUCUGGAAAGCAUCUUGUCCUCCGUCCUGCACCAGUCCUCUGCUGGUGUUUGUAAACUCUAAAAGUGGAGACAAUCAGGGUGUCAAGUUUCUGCGACGCUUCAAACAGCUGCUCAACCCGGCGCAGGUGUUCGACCUGAUGAACGGAGGCCCUCACCUGGGGCUGCGGCUCUUUCAGAAGUUUGAUACAUUCAGGAUCCUGGUGUGUGGAGGGGACGGCAGCGUCGGUUGGGUGCUGUCGGAGAUCGACGCCCUGACGCUACACAAACAGUGUCAGCUUGGGGUUCUGCCUCUAGGGACCGGGAAUGAUCUGGCGCGGGUCCUCGGCUGGGGGUCAGCCUGUGACGAUGACACUCAGCUGCCUCAGAUCCUGGAGAAGCUGGAGAGGGCCAGCACCAAGAUGUUAGACAGAUGGAGCAUCAUGGUCUAUGAGACCAAGUUCCCACGGCAAUACUCCGCCUCCACAGUCACAGAAGAUUGCAGUGAUGACUCUGAGGUUCAGCAGAUUCUAACAUAUGAGGACUCUGUGGCUGCUCACCUGUCCAAGAUCCUGACCUCAGACCAGCACUCUGUCAUCAUCUCCUCUGCCAAGGUUCUGUGUGAAACAGUGAAGGAUUUUGUGGCUCGUGUUGGUAAGGCAUACGAGAAGAACACAGAGAGCUCAGAGGAGUCGGAGGCCAUGGCCAAGAAGUGCGGUGUCCUGAAGGAAAAACUGGACUCUCUUUUGAAGACCCUGAACGAGGAGUCCCAGGCAACCACUGUCCUCCCCCCAGCCCCUCCUCCUGUCAUAGCUGAGGAGGAGGCGAGAGCUGUAUUUUCUCCCACCCUCCAUCUUCCUCCUCCUCAUCAUGCCCCACCCACCUCCACCCCCUGUUCCCCACGCACCAACAGCUCCUCCUCCGCCAUCUUUAAACCUCGAGAGCAAUUGAUGCUACGUGCAAACAGUUUGAAGAAAGCCAUCAGACAGAUCAUAGAGCACACGGAAAAAGCUGUGGACGAGCAGAAUGCGCAGACACAGACACAUGUGUUCGCUCUGACUCGAGCGGAGGAAGACAAUGGUCUUGUGGAGGAGGAAGAGGAGGAGGAGUUGGAGGAUGAUAAGACAUCUCUGCAGUCGUACACUGCCAAACACCGCAGCACACGCAGAGUCAGUAAGACACCCUGUGAGAAGCUGAUCAGUAAAGGCAGCCUGUCAUUGGGCAGCUCCGCAUCACUUCCUGUCCAUGCAGGAAGUAGGGACAAUAUGCCCAUGCUCAAUACAAAGAUCCUCUAUCCAGGUCUCAGAGCAGGUCUCUCUAAUUCUCUCUCCAGCAGUUCUGUGAUCAGUCGACUGUUGGUUAACGCCGACCCGUUCAGCUGUGACCCUGAGAACAUAGAUUGUUUCACAGAGAAGUGUGUCAUGAACAAUUACUUUGGAAUUGGUCUUGAUGCUAAAAUCUCUCUUGACUUCAACAACAAGAGAGACGAGCACCCGGAGAAGUGCAGGAGUCGCACAAAGAAUAUGAUGUGGUACAGCGUCCUGGGAACCAAAGAGCUGCUGCACAGAACUUACAAGAACCUGGAGCAGAGAGUUUUGCUGGAGUGUGACGGCCGGCCCAUCCCCCUCCCCAGCCUCCAGGGCAUCGCAGUGUUGAACAUCCCCAGUUACGCCGGAGGGACCAACUUUUGGGGUGGAACCAAAGAGGACGAUACAUUCACUGCUCCGUCCUUCGACGAUAAGAUUCUGGAGGUGGUGGCAGUGUUCGGCAGCAUGCAGAUGGCCGUGUCAAGGGUCAUCAACCUGCAACACCACCGCAUAGCUCAGUGUCGGACGGUGAAGAUCACCAUCCUUGGAGAUGAAGGCGUUCCUGUUCAGGUGGACGGCGAGGCAUGGAUCCAGCCUCCGGGUUACAUCAGGAUCAUCCAUAAGAACCGGACCCAGACUCUGACCCGAGACCGAGCGUUUGAGAGCACACUGAAGUCGUGGGAGGACAAACAGAAGUGCGAGUUUCCCCGGACUCCGCCCCCACAGCCCGCUCUUUCCUCCCCUCCAGAGGUUGUCUCUGAGGAAGAGGCGUCACUUGUCAGUGAGUUUGGUCAGGCGGCAGGAACGCUCAUACACAGUAUCCGCGAGGUCGCUCAGUCUCACCACAGUAUGGAACAGGAAUUAGCUCAUGCUGUCAACGCCAGCUCAAAGGCCAUGGAUGUGGUUUACGCCAACUCCAAUAGCUCUGGGGGUCUGAGCUGUGGUGCAGUCGUCCACAUGGUUGUUAACGUCAAAGCUUUACUCAGCGAGACAGAACUGCUGCUGGCUGGAAAGAUGUCCAUGCAGCUGGAUCCUCCUCAUCAGGACCAGUUGAACUCUGCUCUGAACUCUGUGGCUCAGCAGCUCCGUCGACUGACGGACGUUCCUUGGUUGUGUUCCAUCAUCGACCCAUCAGACCAUGAGGGUCCCCUGAUAGACUUCUCCAAACGUAGUCGCAGCGCCAAGUUCCGUCUUGUCCCGAAGUUCAAGAAAGACAAAAACAACAAGAACAAGGAGACGUGUGCAACUCUGUGUCUACCUGUUCAUCAGUGGGGGACUGAGGAGGUGGGGGCAUGGUUGGACUUCCUGUGUCUCACAGAGUACAAGGACAUCUUUAUAGGACACGACGUCCGCGGGGCUGAGCUCAUCCACCUGGAGAGGAGGGACCUGAAGGACCUUGGCGUAACUAAGGUCGGUCACAUGAAGAGAAUUCUUCAGGGAAUCAGAGAACUGAACAGGAACAGCAGUGCCAGUGAAGCUUGAUGAUCCAGGAACCGCUCCCUGAUGGCCCCCUACCUGUGCUGCUACUUACCGCCUGAUCUGACCUCUGACCCUGGACCAUGACCAGGAAUGGACCAAAUGUUACAGUGACUCUGAGACCAUGUGACACACCAAGAACCAAUGGGAUAAUUCACCUGUGCCUUGUCUUUUCACCCACUCAUCCACCCAACCAAUCCACAGACACUCAAAGACCAAGGCAAGUGUGAGUGGAGACAACAUGGCUGACUUGCUUCACACUGUAAAAAGGAAUGCGUUCCCCUAAAGACGAGAUUAGCAAAAAAACAUGUCCCUAUAAAGACAGGGGCAAGUGUAUUUGUCUGUUUUUACCUGUGUGUCAGAGGCCUGUACUGUGAAGCAGGAUUUUCAGUUAUCCAGACAACUUCAGGUUUUCAAUCCUUGGAUGCUUGUUGACUUCUAAUUGAACUAAUGCUAAACCUCCAACCUGCUCUGGAGUAGGUUAAGUUCUACUUAUAAGAUAAAACGUGUAUCACAUAAAGUCACCUACUGUAUUUUAUUCAUUUUUCCGAUGAUGUCACCACCUCUUCCACAUAAACAGGCUUGUAGCUGGUUAAGGAAACCCAGGGUUAUUAACGAGUUUGGGUGCAUUGGUUACCACUCACUCAUUCAUCUUCUACCACUUUAUCCUCCGUAUGAGGGUCGCGGGGGGGCGCUGGUGCCAAUCCCAGCUGACAUAGGGUGAAAGGCGGGAUUCACCCUGGAAAUCAGAAUCACAAUACUUUAUUAAUCCCCGGAGGGAAAUUGUCUGUUACCAGUACAUCACAGGGACACAGAGACAAACAACCAUCCACUCUCAAACUCACACCUAUGGUGAGUUUAGAGUGUCCGAUUGACCUAAUCCCCAGUUUUUGGACUGUGGAAGGAAACCAGGGCACACAUGGGGGAAAACAUGCAAACUCCAUGCAAAAAGACCCUUGUUCCAACUGUGUUCACUUUUAUCCAUUAUCUAGAAGUCCGUUGUUAAUUCCAGUCAAACCUGACAAGUGUUAACAUAUCCUGGGUUUGUUGAACUCGCUUCAUAGUAGAGGUCCCACGAGUUUUGUUGUAUUGUGUUUGUCGACGUGUGAACAGACGAAAAUAACGUGACGUGAUGAUCAGGUUCACGUUCUGAUCUGUGUGUUGUGUUUACGUUGUUUUCAGUCCCAUUGACGGCCACAUUUUUAAUCAACAUUGUAUGACAUCAUCAUCAACAACAUGCUGUGCAUCUGGAAGCUGAUCUGUUUAACUAUUUAGGUCGUCGACAGAUGUUUGUGUUCAGUUGUUAAUGUCAUAGCGUGCAAACGCCCGUUAGCGUUUGCUGUGCUCCACCAUGUUAGUGCCUUGCUGGAGGGUGGCGCUUCACCGCCUGAUGUUACAGGACCACUGCGUCUGAUCCGUCCUAUGUAUUUAUUAGAUAAUUUAUGUUAAUGAUACUGUAGCUGUCAUACCUCUGUGUGUACAUAUGCCCCCUGCUGGGCCGUCAAUGUAAAUACAGUCUGCUAUUCAGUUCUCUUUUACAUGUUUACUGUCAUCAAACGGUAAUUAAACCCUGUAAACAACAA